AGAGGCCGGCCGCGCAGAGGAGGGAGGCCGGAGGGCGCUCGAGGCCGCCUCCGGUCCCCGCCCCGCCGGUGCCUGGCUGGGCUGCGCUUGGCUGCUGGCAGAGCAGGUGGGCGGAGGGGGCCGGGCCGAGGCGGGAGAGGCGCUGAGUGGCGCCCCGGCGCUCUGGUAGGCGAGCCCGCAGCUCCGCUCCGCUCCUCUCCCCGGGCGGUUGCAGCGCGAUGGACUUCAACAUGAAGAAGCUGGCCUCGGACGCGGGCGUCUUCUUCACGCGGGCCGUGCAGUUCACAGAGGAGAAGUUUGGCCAGGCCGAGAAGACUGAAUUGGAUGCGCACUUUGAAAACCUUCUGGCCCGGGCAGACAGCACCAAGAACUGGACGGAGAAGAUUUUGCGUCAGACAGAAGUCCUGCUGCAGCCAAACCCUAGUGCCAGAGUUGAAGAAUUCCUGUAUGAAAAGCUAGACCGGAAAGUGCCCUCUCGAGUGACCAAUGGAGAGCUCCUGGCACAGUACAUGCUUGAGGCGGCAAAUGACUUUGGCCCAGGGACCCCCUAUGGAAAGACCCUCAUCAAAGUCGGGGAAACCGAGAGGCGCCUGGGAGGAGCUGAACGGGAUUUCAUCCACUCCGCAUCCAUCAACUUCCUGAGUCCUCUGCGCAACUUCCUGGAGGGAGAUUGGAGAACUAUUUCUAAAGAGAGGCGGAUCCUGCAGAACCGCCGCCUGGAUCUGGAUGCCUGCAAAGCCAGGCUGAAGAAAGCAAAGGCCGCCGAAGCCAAAGCCGCGGCUGUGCCUGACUUUAACGAGACUAGACCACGUAAUUACAUUCUCUCCGCCAGCGCAUCAGCGCUGUGGAGCGAUGAAGUGGAAAAAGCAGAGCAUGAGCUCCGGAUGGCCCAGACGGAGUUUGACAGGCAGGCCGAAGUAACCCGCCUCCUCCUGGAAGGGAUCAGCAGCACCCAUGUCAACCACCUGCGCUGUCUCCAUGAGUUUGCAGAAGCUCAGGCCACGUACUAUGCACAGUGCUACCAGUACAUGUUGGAUCUUCAGAAGCAGCUGGGCAGGCUUCCUGGAACAUUUGUGGGCAACGUAGAAUCCACAUCGCCUCCCCCAGCCACUGCUUCCCCCACUGCCAUGGCUGCUGCCACGGGCCCAGCAGUGCCCACCAUUCCAGUGGUGCCCACUGUUGUUGGAGCACCUAACUCUGCCCCGACUGUAGAAGGUCUGAACCCCGGUGACGUUAAGCCUCCUGCCAGCGGGACUCGGAAGGCCCGGGUGCUGUACGACUACCAGGCAGCCGACAGCAGUGAGCUCUCCUUACUUGCUGAUGAGAUGAUCACUGUAUACAGCCUGCCUGGUAUGGAUCCCGACUGGCUCGUAGGCGAGAGAGGCAAUCAGAAGGGGAAGGUCCCGGUAACCUACUUAGAACUGCUCAGUUAAGCGCCUCCUGGGAAUGGAGCCUCCAAGCAAGACUUCCACCCCUCUGUGUCCUGGGGCCUCUUUGCAAGGCUGAUGACUUCAUUCAAGACCAUUCCUCUUUCCGGGGUCAGGUUCUCUGUGUUUUGAUUAAGGCAAAGAGGUGACGGUGGUGGUGAUGGGCGAGGGUAGUGUUUGGGUAUUGCCACAUCACAUUUUUAAGGAGCUGGAGACUGAACCAAUCAACCAUCCACACAACUGGCCUGAGGGUUAGCAGUAACUAAUUUUUUUGAUUCCCGCUAGUUUAAGCCCUUUGGUUAAUUACAAGAUCUGCCCCCUUUUCUUCUUCCCUGUGAAUUGCAAUUAGUUUUAACAGCUGCAGCAAAAGGAUUUUUCUAAAAUUCAUCUGAGCUGUCCUAGGAUGUGCCUUCUUCAUCCUGGCCUCAGUUCUGCUACCUGUUCUUCACCUUGAUUGUCUGCGACCAGCCCUUUGAGUCAAGGAGAAAACGGUUCUGUUCACAGUAAGCCAGCCCUCUUGAUUCCCCUUCCCAGUCAUGAACAGUUUAGUGAACUGUCAGCCAGAAGGAAAGGAUGGAAGCUUUAGCACUUGCCGUGGCCCAUAUUCUCUAAAGUAGGGCUGGGGAGGGUUGCUGCUAAUCCAUCAAUCUGGAGAAAGUGCUUGAAAACUGCCAUUGUUCAGCUCCUCUUCUCCCCCCACCCUGCAUUUUCAACUUGCACUAGUCCUUUCUCCUUUCACCAAAAACACCGCCAUCUUUCGAGUUCUGAUAUAAUGUUGUUCUGUUCCCAGCCCUCUUUGGUAAGGUGGCGAUUGUUUAGCUUUUGGAAAUCUAUGAACUGCUUUUCCUCUUGCACGUGUGAUGAGAACCCCACACUGGGCUUUCUGCCCCACUCUUGGCUUGCACAUGAAUGGGGGUGGGGGUGAUGCUUUUCAACUCCUCAUGAAUCCCUUCAGCAACAGCCCACCCUUACCUAGGGGCGCCAUUCUCCCACACACAUAUGGGGCCCGCCGUGCACAGUAAAGCCAUAUUUUUUCUCGGGGCAGCGGGAAGAGCCAGUCUUCAUGACAACAGUGCAGAUCAAACCCAUCCACUGUUCAGUAAUGCAGUUGGCUGCAUGCACCACUUGGCUUGCUUGGUUUUAUCCCGUUGAGUUCUUGCUCUCUUCUGAGCUUUUUGUGCUUACCCUGAUGUUAAGAUUUCAAAGCACUUCGGUGUUGGCUAUAUACACAAACACACACACACACCAGGUUGACUUUUGCCAAUAAACAACUAGCCUGCCACCCUGUUGUGUUAUAUUUUGUGAGCUUAAUUUUUGUGCUGUGCUGCUGUUCCUACUGAAGGCUAAAGAGGGAGUUUCUGUCUCCCACUUGGGUUCAUGCAUGGAGAAUGGGAUCGGGGCAGGGGAGGGUCUCCGGGUCAGGGGAUGGGAAAUUUCUUGGUCUGCAAAGCUUCCUCUUUUCCUCACAGAAGGUUCUGGGUAUCUGAACACUUUUUCUUUCUAGAUGUGCAAGAAGCAGCUCUUUUCUCUUGCCUAUGCAAAUUUUUAAACACUUGAAUCCAGUCUCUUAUGAGCAGCUGUAGGUCGUGCUCCCCCUAGAUGAGAAUAUUAACAUGAACAAAGUGUGUUGUGGUAGAAUAAAUCCAAGGGGUGGAGCAGCCAAAGUCCCACACCUGCAUCGCUAGCAAGUCAUGACACUUGCCUGAUGCUUAGCAGGGCAAGGCCAUUUGGAAGAAACGCCUUCUCUUCGGAGCGGAUGCUGCAGAAGCAAAGCAUCUGUUGAACACGCCCUAGCCCUCUGCAUACCCUUAAGUUCUCUGGCCUUCUCUGGCCAAAGCAGAGGCUCCAGCCCUCCUCUUUGCUGAGACGGCUUAUUCCACAAGUCCCAGGCAUUAGCUUUUUAAUUUGCAAGAACGAGAGAGAGAGAGAGCAGGCAGUUGGCUAAUGAGUUCUUUGGCACAGAGGUUAAUUGAAAUGAGUAAGUGCACAGCUGCCCUUGUGGACAGUUUUUAAGCCUAUCUAAUAACCUGGGGGGGGGGGCUGUAUUUGCUAAGGUGAAGCUAUUUUAUUUGCUGUAAACUUCUUAAACCUUUGGAGGGGAAGAAAGUAGGCAAACAGCUCAAAUGUAAAGGAAAGAUCCAGUACUGUUACUGCAACCUCGAUUAAUAAACUACUACCUGCAACUCA